AUGAUACACCUUAGUCGAUACCAGGAAUGCGCCCAGCGCGUGGGAUAUAUUGAAGCCACGUUUGAUCGCGAGGAAUGGUUCUCGUCAGAAGGCUUGGACAGCUUUAUGGAGGUCUACAAACAACAUGAACCAGAACCAAUCAGCUCGCGGGAAGCUCAGCAGCUGGUGGAAGACGAUCUGUACAGAUAUGAAAAGUCGGCGCGGAUGCCUGUGUUUCCGCUAUGUGGAACAAUGCCGACACUGCCACGUCUGCACCAGUCAGCUCUCCAGAGUUUUGAUUUUGAGGCCCUCAAGAAGCACGGCAAUGGCAGCGUCACACAAAAAGACCGCCCUCUUUUAUGGACAGCCCUCCAUCCCCCCCACAUCACAUGGGAGGACUACCGAGAAUACAACAGGGCAGCCCUACCCUUUGUCAGCCUUCCCGACGAAAUUCUGUUGCUGAUAUGGACGCAGACCAACUACGCCACCAGGAUGGUCCUGCGCCAGACGUGCAAACGGUUCCAUAACUUCUUUGUGUCGGACCAACCCGCCGCCAGACCAUCCACAGCGGGUCCGCUCUGGCGAAUGGACGGCCGUAUGGUCCUGCCCCUGCACGCCAUGCCACCAAAGAACCCGCGCAUCACAGAGCCUUAUUUGGAAUGCUUGCGGCGCAACAUGACAGGCUACUGUGGACCCUGUGCAUCGCUUCGACAUUACCUGGCACAACGUGUCAAGGCACGGGUGGACGCGCUUGUCAUGCUACAAGAUAUUCACAGAGUGAAGACACUGGACUUGGUGCCUCGUACAAAGAAAGAGUGGGGAGAGCGGCACAUGGCCCGCCUUCCCUACACAACCGUCGAAGAGUAUCUGGCCGAUCCAGAGGCGGAAGGACCCAAGACACUAUUUUGUGGAUUCAGUCGAGACAGACACCCCACGACGGUCUUUAUCCAUGCACAGCGGCAUGGUUUGAGAGACGACAGGCAUCCUCAUGGCGCACCCACAAAAGUGCCUGCCCGUAAACGGCACUGCAUUGGCGCCGAGGGUAUGGUGGGCAUGUGCCAGCAUAUGUGGGCAGGUCCGCUCGGGUGGGUUUUGGGCUCACCCGAUGCGAGCCCGUGUGCUCUUUAUGGUGUACCCCCAAUAUUCCUGGUGACACCCCAGCGUGAAGUGCUGCAAUGUUGGGCUAUUCCCAUUCUUCAGAUUCAGAUGCAUGCAGCUGACGAUGGCGAAAGAGUGCGGAUGCCGCCAUGGAAACACGACUUAAUUGAGGGGCUGGAGCGCAACUACGAGUUUCUUGAAGAGCUCAUGUGCGGCCACAUUGCCCCCAACGACCCUCGACUCAUGCUGCCCUUCGAAUCGGGACAGUGCAUCUGCUUCGAGAAUCGACACGACAUGGCGUACGCGGCGGGCGCGUUUCACAGCCACACCGACACCCCAUGCUGCCGGUGUCGGGCAAAGACCGGCGGACACGACAGCGGUGACAACAGUAGUGAGAGUGCAUUCCUAACUCAAGACCAACCUGCAACAGCAUUUUUCGGCGACCGCAUCAACCGCGCCGCCAACUUGGACGGCCAGGUCGACGCUACUGUCCGCGCCGUCCAUUCCAUGCGCAACGACACUGUUCACCGUUUUGCGUGUCCGCAUUGUCCGGCCAUAUACUCCUGGGCCAAGGACCAUGAGACAGGCACAAUUUACUUCCAGUUUGCCAGCCAGACGGGGCCCAUCACCAAGCCCACCGACAGGCAAUGGCUGCAGCUGGUGCAUCCGACGUGGCGUUUGCCUCGGGCAGGGGAGGACAUGAUGUUCAGAACCCACUGCACGGAUCGAUACUGUCGGACAACGAUUGAGUGGACGAAUCAUGCUGGAGGGUAA